GAGCUCAGAGGAGAGAGAGAGGAGCACAGGAGAGAACUUACCUCUCUGUCAAAGGAGGUGAAGGAGCUCAGAGGAGAGAGAGAGGAGCACAGGAGAGAACUUACCUCUCUGUCAAAGGAGGUGGAGGAGCUCAGAGGAGAGAGAGAGGAGCACAGGAGAGAACUUACCUCUCUCUCCAAGGAGGUGAAGGAGCUCAGAGGAGAGAGAGAGGAGCACAGGAGAGAACUUACCUCUCUGUCAAAGGAGGUGGAGGAGCUCAGAGGAGAGAGAGAGGAGCACAGGAGAGAACUUACCUCUCUGUCAAAGGAGGUGAAGGAGCUCAGAGGAGAGAGAGAGGAGCACAGGAGAGAACUUACCUCUCUGUCAAAGGAGGUGAAGGAGCUCAGAGGAGAGAGAGAGGAGCACAGGAGAGAACUUACCUCUCUGUCAAAGGAGGUGGAGGAGCUCAGAGGAGAGAGAGAGGAGCACAGGAGAGAACUUACCUCUCUCUCCAAGGAGGUGAAGGAGCUCAGAGGAGAGAGAGAGGAGCACAGGAGAGAACUUACCUCUCUGUCAAAGGAGGUGGAGGAGCUCAGAGGAGAGAGAGAGGAGCACAGGAGAGAACUUACCUCUCUGUCAAAGGAGGUGAAGGAGCUCAGAGGAGAGAGACAGAGAGAGAGAGAGAGACAGAGACUGCUACUAGAGAGAUUACUAUG